GUCUGUGCUUUAUUCUCAGUGUGUAUGUGUGCGGCACCGCCUGAACAGUGUAGUGAUAAAAGCCGCAUUUGCAGUAUAUAUCUUGCUGUUCAUAUCGAACGGAAAGACGGGAAAACACCCUGUUUCGUCUUCUAACGUCGCACCCUGCUCCUGUUUUCCGCAAAUAAUUUAAAGUACCAUGUCCAAACCAGCAGGGGGCGGCGCCAACGAUGUCAACAGCUUCCUCUACACCGGGGUGGGGCCAUCCUCCUCUAACUUCGUGUUCUCCGCCGCCAGUCAGGCCGACUGGGCGGCCAAGAGGCUCGUCUGGGUGCCCUCCGAGAAGCAUGGCUUUGAGUCCGCCAGUGUGCGGGAGGAGAGGGGGGACGAGGUGGAGGUGGAGCUGACGGACAGCAGCAGGCGGGUGACCCUCAACCGAGAGGAGGUGCAGCGGAUGAACCCGCCGCGCUUCAGCAAGGUGGAGGACAUGGCCGACCUCACCUGCCUGAACGAGGCCUCCGUCCUGCACAACCUGAGGGAGAGAUACUACUCCGGACUCAUCUACACAUAUUCUGGGUUGUUCUGCGUGGUCAUCAACCCCUACAAGAACCUGCCCAUCUAUACGGAUUCCAUUGUGGAGAUGUAUCGCGGGAAGAAGCGCCAUGAAAUGCCGCCCCACAUAUACGCCAUCUCUGAGGUGGCGUACAGAAGCAUGCUGCAAGAUAGAGAAGAUCAGUCUAUUUUAUGCACAGGGGAGUCGGGAGCCGGCAAAACCGAAAACACUAAGAAGGUGAUCCAGUAUCUGGCCCACGUGGCCUCGUCCCAUAAAACAGUGAUGCCUGGGCGAAGCAAAGAGGCCGCGUCACAGAUGGAUACCCUUAAAUCCGCCCCGCGGGGCAGUGGGAUGGUGAACAGGAGCGUGCAGUAUGGGGAGCUGGAGAGGCAGCUGCUGCAGGCCAACCCCAUACUGGAAGCCUUUGGGAACGCAAAGACAGUGAAGAAUGACAACUCCUCUCGAUUUGGCAAAUUCAUCCGCAUCAAUUUUGACGUGGCCGGGUACAUCGUUGGCGCUAACAUCGAGACCUACCUCCUGGAGAAGUCGCGCGCCAUCCGCCAGGCGAAGGACGAGAGGACCUUCCACAUCUUCUACCAGCUGCUGUGCGGCGCCAGCGAGGCCAUGAGAGCGGACCUGCUCCUGGCCGGUGCGGAUCAGUACCGGUUCCUGAGUGGCGGGUCGAUCCCGGUGCCCGGUCAGAGCGACGCGGAGAACUUCACCCAAACCAUGGACUCCAUGACCAUCAUGGGGUUCUCGAAGGAGGAGGCCAUCGGCAUGAUGAAGGUGAUCUCCUCGGUGCUGCAGUUUGGAAACAUCUCGUUCACCAAGGAGAAGAACACGGACCAGGCCUCCAUGCCCGACGACACGGCCGCCCAGAAGCUGUCCCACCUGCUGGGCAUCAGCGUGGUGGAGUUCAGCCGGGCCAUCCUCAUGCCCCGGAUCAAGGUGGGCCGGGAGUACGUGCAGAAGGCCCAGACCAAGGAGCAGGCCGAUUUCGCGGUGCAGGCUCUGGCUAAAGCCACGUACGAGCGCCUGUUCCGCUGGCUGGUGCACCGGAUCAACCGGGCCCUGGACCGGCGCCAGAGACAGGGAGCGUCCUUCAUCGGCAUCCUGGACAUCGCCGGCUUCGAGAUCUUCCAGCUGAACUCAUUUGAGCAGCUUUGCAUUAACUACACCAAUGAGAAGCUGCAGCAGCUCUUCAACCACACCAUGUUCAUCCUGGAGCAAGAGGAGUACCAGCGGGAGGGCAUCGAGUGGAACUUCAUCGACUUCGGCCUGGACCUGCAGCCCUGCAUAGACCUCAUAGAGCGGCCGGCCCACCCCCCGGGAGUUCUGGCCCUGCUGGACGAGGAGUGCUGGUUCCCUCGGGCCACCGACCGAUCCUUCGUGGACAAGCUGGUGGCGGAGCAGGGGUCGCACUCCAAAUUCCACCGCCCCCGUCAGCUGAGGGAGGAGGCGGACUUCUCUAUCCUGCACUACGCGGGGAAGGUGGACUACAAGGCGGACGAGUGGCUGGUGAAAAACAUGGAUCCCCUGAACGACAACGUGGCCUCCCUCCUCCACCAGUCCUCCGAUCAUUUCAUCGCUGAGCUGUGGAGGGAAGAUAUUCAGACUCUUCCUCGUGUUUACUUUUUCGACUCCUAUGCCACUCUGCAGACCAAUGGCUCUGACAUGGAGAGGAUUGUGGGCCUGGAGCAGGUGGGGUCCACGGAAGGUUCCGGGCCUGUGACCUUCGGGGCGGCGGGGCUGAAGACCAAGAAGGGCAUGUUCCGCACGGUGGGGCAGCUGUACAAGGAGUCCCUCACCAAGCUGAUGGCCACCCUGAGGAACACCAACCCCAACUUCCUGCGCUGCAUCAUCCCCAACCACGAGAAGAAGUCAGGGAAGCUCACUCCAAACCUGGUCCUGGAUCAGCUCCGGUGUAACGGGGUUCUGGAGGGCAUCCGCAUCUGCAGACAGGGCUUCCCCAACCGCAUCCCCUUCCAGGAGUUCCGGCAGAGGUAUGAGAUCCUCACUCCAAAUGCCAUCCCUCGAACCUUCAUGGAUGGGAAACAAGCGUGUGAGCUUAUGAUCAAUGCCCUGGAGCUGGACCGGAAUCUGUUCCGCGUGGGUCAGAGCAAAGUGUUCUUCCGGGCCGGGGUUCUGGGCCACCUAGAGGAAGAGCGGGACCUGAAGAUCACCGACACCAUCAUCCGCUUCCAGAGCGCCGCCCGCGGGUUCCUGGCCCGGAAGGCCUUCCUGAAGAAGCAGCAGCAGCUCAGCGCGCUGAGGGUCAUGCAGAGGAACUGCGCCGCCUACCUCAAACUGAGGAACUGGCAGUGGUGGAGGCUCUUCACCAAGGUGAAGCCGCUCCUGCAGGUGACGCGGCAGGACGAGGAGAUCCAGGUCAGGGAGGCAGAGCUGCAGAAAGCCGCAGAUAAGCUGUCCAAAGUGCAGCUGGACUUUGUCGAGCUGGAGAAGAAACAUCAACAGCUGGCAGAGGAGAAGUCUGUGCUGACAGACCAGCUGCAGGCGGAGGCGGAGCUCUUUGCCGAGGCAGAGGAGAUGAGAGCGAGGCUGGCCAAUAGAAAGCAAGAGCUGGAGGAUGUGCUGAGCGAACUCGAAGGCCGAUUGGAGGAAGAGGAGGAAAGAGGCGUGCAGCUGACCAAUGAGAAGAAGCGACUGCAGCAAAAUGUUCAGGACCUGGAGGAGCAGCUGGAAGAGGAGGAGGGAGCCAGACAGCGCCUCCUGCUGGAGAAGGUCACCCUGGAGACGAAAGUGAAAAGUCUGGAGGCCGAGAAUGUGAACCUGAGUGAGCAGCGAGACAGGUUGAGCAAGGAGAAGAAACAGAUUGAGGAGAGACUGAAUGAGCUGACUGACCAGCUGACUGAGGAAGAAGAGAAGGUGAAGAGCUUAAACAAGCUGAAGAACAAGCAGGACGCGGUCCUCGCCGAUCUGGAAGAGCGACUGAAGCGGGAGGAGCAGGGGCGCCUGGAGCAGGAGAAGUGGAAGCGCAGGAUGGAGGGGGAGGUGGUGGACACCCAGGAGCAGCUCUCUGACCUGGGGAUGCUGGUGGGGGAUCUGAGGGGCAGCCUGGCCCAGCGGGAGAAGGAGAUCACCAGCCUGCAGGCCCGGCUGGAGGAGGAGGGGGCGCGGAGGACGGAGGCCCAGAGGGCGCUGAGGGAGGCCAUGUCGCAGGUCUCUGAGCUGAAGGAGGAGGUGGAGAACGAGCGAGGGAUGAGGGAGAGAGCGGAGAAACAGAGGAGAGACCUCGGGGAAGAACUGGAGGCUCUAAGGACAGAGCUGGAAGAUACACUGGAUACCACUGCUGCGCAGCAGGAGCUAAGGUCCCGCAGGGAGGCGGAGCUGGGGGAGCUGCAGCGCUGCGUGGAGGACGCGACGCGCCGGCACGAGGCCCAGCUCUCCGAGGUCCGCGUUCGCCACAGCAGCGCCAUCGACUCCCUGCAGGAGCAGCUGGACAACAGCAAGAGAGCUCGGCAGUCCCUGGAGAAGGCCAAGGCCACGCUGGAGGAGGAGAGGGCCAGCCUGAGCGCCGAGCUCAAGGCCCUGCAGGGCGGCAAGAUGGAGAGCGAGAGGGGCAAGAAGCGGGCGGAGGGGCAGCUGCAGGAGCUGAACGCCCGCCUGGCUCAGGCCGAGCGGGAGAGGCAGGAGAGGGAAGACAAAGUGCACAAGCUGCAGUCGGAGAUAGAAAUGAUCUCUGGUUCCCUUUCCUCUGUUGACACCAAAGCCCUUCGCCUCACUAAAGAAGUCAGCAGCCUGGAGAGCCAGCUGCACGACACCCAGGAGCUUCUUCAGGACGAGACGAGACAGAAGCUGGCCCUCGGGUCCCGCGUCCGCGGCCUGGAGGAGGAGAAGGCCGGGCUGAUGGAGAGACUGGAGGAGGAAGAGGAGAGAGUGAGGGAGAUGAACCGGCACAUUCAGACUCUCACUCAGCAGCUGGCGGAGCUGAGGCGGCAGUCGGAGGAGGUGAACUCGGCGGUGGAGGUGGGGGAGGAGUGCCGCCGGAAGCUGCAGCGGGAGCUGGAGACGGUGGCGCAGCGGGAGCGCACGCAGGAGGAGGAGAAGGAGCGGGCGGAGCGGCAGAGGGAGCGGCUGAGGGAGGAGAUCGAGGACAUGACGCUCGCGCUGCAGCGCGAGAGGCAGAACUGCACCGCUCUGGAGAAGAGGCAGAAGAAGUUCGACCAGUCUCUGGCGGAGGAGAAGGCCAUCAGCGCGCGUCUGAUGGAGGAGCGGGACCGCGCGGAGGCGGAGAGCCGGGAGAAGGAGACGCGGGCGCUGUCCCUGGCCCGCGCCCUGCAGGAGGCCACCGAGCAGAACGAGGAGCUGGAGCGAAUCAACAAGCAGUUCCGCAUGGACAUGGAGCAGCUGGUCAACGCUCAGGACGACGUGGGCAAGAACGUCCACGAGCUGGAGCGCACGCGCCGCGCCCUGGAGACGGAGGCCCAGUCGCUGCGCACGCAGACGCAGGAGCUGGAGGAGGAGCUGACGGAGGCGGAGAACUCCAGGCUGAGGCUGGAGGUCACGCUGCAGGCCCUCAGGGCCCAGUUUGAGAGGGAGAUCAGCACCAAGGAGGAGAAAGGGGAGGAGAAGAGGAGAGCGCUCAGUAAACAGGUGCGAGAGCUGGAGGCCCUGCUGGAGGAGGAGCGGAGCCAGCGCUCUCAGGCCCUGACAGUCAAGAAGCAGCUGGAGGCGGAGCUCCAGGAAGCCGAGGCCCAGGUUGAGGCGGCCAAUCGGGGCAGGGAGGAGGGGCUUAAGCAGCUGAAGCGACUCCAGGGUCAGAUGAAGGAGGUGAUGCGGGAGCUGGACGAGACCAAGCUGGCUCGCGACGAGGUGGCCGCCCAGUUCAAAGACACCGAGAAGCGGCUGCAGACCCUGGAGGCGGAGCUGGUGCAGCUGACGGAGGAAGUGGCCAUCUCAGAGAGACUGAGGAGACAGGCUCAGCAGGAGCGGGACGAAAUGGCCGACGAGAUGGUCAACAGCUCCACUGGGAAGUCUUCGCUGAGCGAGGAGAAGAGGAGGCUGGAGGCGCGGGUGACCCAGCUGGAGGAAGAGCUGGAGGAGGAGCAGACCAACUCGGAGAUGAUGGCAGAGAGGCAGAGGAAGGCUGUUCUGCAGGUGGAGACGCUGACGUUGCAGCUCGGCGGGGAGCGGACUCUGGCCCAGAAGAGCGAGGCGGCGCGGGAGAGCCUGGAGAGGCAGAACAAGGAGCUGAAGGCCCGGCUGGCCGAGCUGGAUGGGGCCGUGAAGGGGAAGCACCGGCUCAGCGUCGCCGCCCUGGAGGCCAAGAUAGAGGUCAUGGAGGAGCAGCUGGAGCAGGAGAGACAGGAGCGAGCGAUUGCCGGCAAGCUGGUGCGGAAGACGGAGAAGAAGCUGAAGGAGGUGGUCAUCCAGGCGGAGGACGAGAGGAGGCACGCGGACCAGUACAGAGAGCAGCUGGACAAGUCGAUGGUGCGUCUGCGGCAGCUGAAGCGGCAGCUGGAGGAGGUGGAGGAGGAGAACUCGCGCUCCAACGCGCACCGGCGCAAGCUGCAGCGGGAGCUGGAGGAGAUGUCGGACAGCAGCCAGACCAUGAACCGGGAGAUCACCACCCUGCGCAGCCAGCUCAGACGUGCUCCUCUUCCUCUCUCGCUGCGCUCUGCACGUCGCCCCCUGGUGGACGACUUGUCUCUGGAGAAUUCUGAUUCGGAGGAGCCGCACACCUCCCCGUCCCCGUCCCCUGGACCCCCUGGGACCCCGACUCCCUCCGAACACAACCUGGGCCCCCCGCCCCCUUAUAGCCUGACGGACACUGAAUGAGAGGAAGGGGCGGGGCGUCCACAGACCGACUGACUUGACGGACACCACACUGCUUUAGCACACUACUGACCUGGUGGUGGGACCUACAGUGUACUAACACUGCGGCGAAUUGGAGACGAGAGCAAUUACAGAUUACGGAUAUGGAGCACGCUCAGUAGACUCUAGACUGACUGGACAUGAACUUUAGUCAACACUGCAACCAGAGAGUUGGUACGAACAGCAAUUCAAAAAAGGGAAAAGAAAUGCAGUUCCCAGUGCAUCUUGGGAGGCCUAAUUAUAUCAGCAUUGCCGUCUUUAUUGUAUCCUGCUUGAAAUGACUGUACCUCAAUGGCUUCUUCUACCUAAGCGCUCUUUGAAUUAAAAGCCAUUUCUGGUAAGGCAUUUUGCAUGGGCUUAUAGGACAAAAACAUAAGGUGACAGAAACACAGGCAAAUUCUAAAGAGAUAAACAUACCUUCUAGCCAUUUGUACAUAUAUAUCUAUAUAUAGAUAGACUUCCUUUGACUUUGCUAGUAUGAAACAUAUCAAAACUGCUCUAUGGUAUGAUAUAAAUAAGCUUUGGUAGCUUCUGAAUUUCUGGUUUCUCUCUCUUGCUCUUACCCUGUGAAAGUGUGAAUAUGUGAUGUUAAUGUUCAAGUCAUUUCAUAUCUUUGAAGAGUGAAUGAUUUGAUGUUGAAAGUACCUACUUCACUAUGCUAUUUCUGAGCAGCUUAAGUUAGCUUGUGAUAGGUCACAGUGACAGCUAUGAAAUAAAUUUUCUUUCCCGCACAAAUCUGGAUCACAUCUGUCCACAAAAAUUGGCCAUGGGAAAGAGCAAGAGAGAGAGAAAAGGAGAACGGAUGGUUAACCUUGCUAGUAUGUGUACGCAAAUUUGAAUAUGACUAUUGAUAACUAUUAUAGAACUAAUAUGAAUAGCACCUGUGUGGUGUAGGCUGAAAAGUCAGAGAAGUGAAUGUGCCAGCACUCGCACUUCUGGAGAUAAUGGGUCAUUAUGUAUCCCCCGUCGAGCAGGAUGCCGGUAACAGGCUGGCCUACGGAGGUAACAUUUACAUUGUUUCAGCCUGGUGGAAAUUCCAGCUCCCACCGUAAGAUGGAGUAUAGCUGGAACUGGCUUCUGCUCCAGCAGGAUACCACCAGGAAUUUGGUGAUGGUCUGUUGUCUGCACCAAAAUUGGCCCACCAGCUGGACAUGGUCUUGCCAGCAUGGUUGCUAUCUCAACCACCUUGUUUCCAGUUUGACCGUCUCAAAAAACCAGCUUGAAACCAGGCUGGAACCAAGCUGUAAUUUCCACCAGGGCAACUGCAUUGACAUCGUUUUCAUGGCUAAAUACGUUCUUGAUGUAGCACAGCAUUCUUUGUCCAGCUUACAAUUAUCUAAUUUGCUAGCUAGAUUGGUACUCUAAAUAAGUAGUCUGGAUAGUAGGUAGGUAGAUUUAGGUAUUUAGGUAACUCAACAUUCUAUCGCUUCGAUUACAGCCAGUUGAUUUCAUGUAAUUCAUAUCAAUCCAAAUAUGAUCAUGAUCCAAUUUAUUUAUUGAGGUUUUGUAUGAUUUAUGUCUUCAUGAACAUAUCAGACGUUGGGAAGGAUGGGUAGCAGUGAAGGUACUGGUUCUGAAGCCGCAUUCCCUGCAUUCAGCCUGGGUCUCCCCUGGUCUCCUUUCUCCCAGCUCACACCCUUGACCCUCACCCCGACGCUAAAUUGAGCUCACAGCCGAGCUCAGCCGAGUUGUCUCAGUCCUGCUGCUGGUUUGGUACUCUGAGCUUCUCUACUUGGAAGUAUCAAAUGUUGUGCAAGCUGAAAAAAAAUCAUGUUUAACAUGGAGACAGUGUGCAUGUGUAGCACAUUUCUGUACACGACAGGACUACGGAUGAUAAACCACACUCCACAGGAUGUAAUAUUUCUCUAGCUGGAACGCUUGAGCAACGGACACUACAGAAAGCAGCUGUGAGAGAGAGAGGUCAAGCAGAGGGUCUGGUUAAAUGAAUGGUACUAAUGUAGAAGGGAAAAACUGGAGCCUAAGAUUUUGAACUGUUAAUGGUCUUAACGCAGAACGGGGCAAAAUGAGAGACCUGGCCAUUUCGUGUCCUUGUCGUUCUCAUUAAAGCCAUUACUGUCAUCGUUAUUGAGAGUAUCAUUAUUGUUUUUAAGCAACGGACCUAUGUUAACGUGUGAUUUUUUUUAACGAAUGGUGUAAAAUAUUUAUGUAAGAAAGUUGUCUUUGUGUUUUACCAAAUGUAGGGUGUGGGUGAGCAUGAGGAGAGGGAUCACAAUGCAUCAAACCAGUCAUAGAAAGGUACAGCACAGUCAAGGUACACAGAAAGUAGUGCAAAAUGUUCUUGGGCUUUUUUGGAGAACACAGGCUACCUUUGCAGAUUUUUCAGGCAAAGCUAUUACGCAGAGAAAAGCAAAAGCCCAUAACACCAACAUGUAAAGUACCUACUAUAGCACGCCAAAACCUUCCAAGAAAUCCAUGUUAGGCCAUCCCAGAACAGCAUGGUAGAAGGCAAGUCAAAAGUGCAUUAGAUACUGUUAGUGCUAAUGGGUUUACCAUGCGGUGCGACACUGAACGGACAGGCAUGUACUUCCAAGCUAUUAAGGAGGCUUUAUGUGCCCCUUCUAUCCCUGUGAACUACAAAAUGUGGAAUGUCUUACCUCACUUCCUGCUUAGACUACACAGUUUUUCCCUCAGCCACAGAUUGUCAAACAAUCCAUGUUCAAAUGUCUCUACAUCACGUCUAGAGACCAUUUUAAUUUUCAUUUUUUGGCUCGAACUCUCUUUGUUCUGUUUUAUGUUUGAUUUUUUUUUUGUCAUAUCACUGAGGAAUAUUUUUUAUGGUUUAAAGGUCCUCUCCAGCACCAGAUACAGAAUGUGUUUGUGAUGGAGACCCACUGGUUCUUGUUAGAAGGCUACUGAUGCAGUUUGGCACAGAGCUCGGCUUGUUCUUAAUGAUGGUGUACCCACAUCAUCAGCACAGAGACUGGAAAUCAGGGUCAUUUAACUUUGAUUUUACUCAUCUCUACAAAAAAAACUAACUGUCAUUUCUCUCUGUAAUGAAAUGGAAAGAUUUAGAAAAUGGGGGAACUUGAAUGGAUGAAUCAUCUGUUUUUUAAGGUUGAUAAAGUGCAUUAUUUAUGACAAGAAAUUUUGCAGCGAAAUUGCUGUGCGAAGACAGUGCUUCUCUGUGAUUUUCUGUGUCUUCCCAUUUGUUAAACCUAUUUGCAAACCCCAGGCCAUUUUACUGUUCAUUGUGGCUCUCUGUUACAGUUCACUUUAUUGCUGCAAGAAAGAUUAUUUUAGCGGAGGUUUUAGAUGCAGAGAUAGAGCCAUUAAAAUAUGUGAAUUGAUUUGUGUUGUCUUCUGCUUCCAGUUGGACACUUAAAUUUAUCUUGAUGAUGCAGUAUUUCAACUGAAGUUUUAAAAGUAUCUCCAAAACUGGUUUCUAGCAUUUCAUUUGGACUUGAGAGGCACGAAGAAAGUGAUAAUACGAGGAUCGAUCAAAGGCUGUAUUCUGCACUUUACAUGUCCACACACUAGAGGGCAACAAACCUUUGGCUAAUCCUGUUUGAAUCACUUUGAAAACUCGUAAACACUUUGGAUGCAUUGGCUCUCAGCCCUGGUCCUGGAGACAUUCAUGUGUGAUCUGAUCUUCUAAUUGUUCUGAGCCCUCAUUUUCUUUGCUCACAGCAGAACUCACUUCCAAAUAAUAAUAAAUGAACUCCGAUGUUGAAGUUCCUGUUGCCCUACAUCAAUGUUUGAUGUUCAUGCAUUGGAUAGACUGGGUUUAAUGAAGGGUAACCCCCCCGACACACAGUAUGCCCCCCCCCCCCCCCCCGCUGUUGGACCAGGGUCUGAGAGCCAGCCAACUGGUAUCUCUGUAUCUGUAGCAAGACUGGUGCUUUUAUUCAAAUGUGUUAUUUGUUUUGCUUCUGUGGAACUUGAAUUUUAAAAUAUUUUAUUUAAUUUUUUUUGUUUGUUUGCUGUUAAUAUGAAUCAUAUCUGACUGGAGGUGAAUUUUAAUAUAUGUUGUUGGUUUGGAAA